AUGGCAAAGGGAAAAAACGGGGCAAGCCCGCGCCCGAGGGAAAGGAAGGGCACGCACGGCACGGCAAGGCAAGGCAAGGCAGGCAAAGGGAAUGAUCAGGCUGCACGGGGGACCAGACGAGACGAGAGAGGCCGACCGCCAGACAAACGAGCGAGUCAAAGGGAACCGGGGGGCACGGAUGACCUCGAAGGCCGCCACAAAGCAAUGGGGAAGAAGCGAGGGACCACCGGGGGCGAAAGGCAGGACCAAAGACGGGGGGGAUCAGAAUGGGGGCACAGGAGGGGUCAUGAAUCAACCCGGCGGCGCCCUCGCCCAUGA